AUGACAAAGGUUGAAAAAAAGACAGAGUCCUACAAAAAGGGGGAUCGGACGCAGCAGGAGAAAAUUAGAAAAAGACGUCAUAACUUGUUUAAACGCAUUAAAGAGUUCCAGGAUCGGUAUGAAAUUGAGACAUGGGUAACGAUGAGAAUGCCAACCGGUCGGAUCUACAUGUUUUCUACUAAUCCCGAUGAGCAUGCUCCCACUGAGGAAGAAAUAAGGGAAAAGAAAUUGCCUGUCGUGCACAAGACGUCGGCCGAUUAUGCUCCUCAAUCUCAUGAUCCAUUUGUGUUACGAGACCCACCUCCACUCCCACGUCAACAUGAUAAAAAUUCCCCCGCUCCAAGUUCAGACAAUUUAUUCAACUCCACUAAUCCAUUAUGA